UUAACUUGUCACGACUGAUCACGGUUACGUUUUUUCGGAGUAUGUGGUAAACAAUUCUGGCUUGCCUUAUCCUUUACCGUCGAACUAGUGCAAUAUGGAGAUAUUACGACAACAUUUGGACAAAGUGGAAGUUCCUAAAGCUGGGGACAAAGUUUACAAGGACGAGUGCAUCUUUAGUUUCGAUACGCCGGAAUCCCCUUUGGGUCUGUUUAUCAGCUUGAAAACGUUCUUGGGGGUCGGGGCAGAAUACCUCGAACUUUACUACAAUAAAACCAAAGAUCCUGUAUACCUGCGUAUUAAGCAAACGAAAAAGGAAAUUCCUACUGACCAGCAAGAUGAAUCUAAUAAAGUCACAAAAUUGGCCAUCGGGAUUACAGGCGGUUUUAUGCCUAAUCAGAAAAAGUAUACUUACGAAGAGGAGUAUGCAAUCAUUGUCUUUCUUCCACCUACUACAGUGGAGCUAACUUACCCUAAUGGCGAUUUACCGGAACAGGUAAAUAUCGCCGUGAAGUCUAUAUUAGAAGCAGAAUCGGCAUCCAGAUUGGCAGAAAAAGAAGCUUUAGCUGAAACAUGGGAUGGCGAGGCUAGAUUUAUUACAAAAUAUGCUGAAAUUCUUGUCCAAUUAGAUAAUGGAAAAAAAAUACCGCCUAGUGGUUGGAAGUGCGAGAGGUGCGGUAUUACUAAUAACUUGUGGCUCAAUCUUUCCGAUGGAUCUAUCUUGUGCGGUCGUAAAUACUUUGAUGGAACUGGUGGAAAUGGUCACGCCAUUGAACAUUACCAAACCACUGACUAUCCUUUAGCGGUAAAACUGGGUACAAUUACAAAGGAAGGUAGGGCGGACGUAUUUUCAUAUCCUGAAAAUGAAAUGGUCGAAGAUCCUUAUCUAGCUCGUCAUUUGAUGCACUGGGGAAUUAAUAUCGCUCAGAUGGAAAAGACUGAGAAAUCUAUGAUAGAAUUAGAAUUGGACUUAAAUCAAAAAUUUGGAGAAUGGGUCGCACUUCAAGAGACAGGAAGUAAACUUACACCUAUAUAUGGACCGGGUUACACCGGACUUACAAAUCUUGGAAAUUCAUGCUACCUUAAUUCCGUAAUGCAAAUGAUUUUCACGAUUCCAGAGUUUAUUAAAAGGUAUGUUGACAAUGCAAGCGACAUAAUUAAUAAAUGUGUAUACAAUGCUGCCGACGACUUCAAUGCACAAAUGGCUAAGUUGGGAGUUGGUUUAUUAUCUGGGAAAUAUUCCGUACCACCACCGGAAAAUUCUAAGGAGUACAGUUGUCCCGGUAUUUCUCCCCGAAUGUUUAAAACUCUAAUUGGCCGACGUCACCCAGGAUUCUCCUCCAAUCGGCAGCAAGACGCGCACGAGUUCUUCCUUCACGUGAUUAACCUCUUGGAUCGUAACAGUAGAGACUGGCCUAAUCCGGCGGAAUGCUUCAAGUUCAAGGUGGAAGAACGAUACCAGUGUUGUGGUUCUAACAAGGUUAAAUACACCUACCGACCAGAAUACUCAUUGCCUAUUCCUAUACCAUUGGAUGCAGCAGUAAAUAAGGACGAACUUGCUGCAUACGAAGCCAAAAUAAAGGAGGCCGAGGCACGGGGUGUGAAACUGGACACGGAGGCCAAAGUCAGGCCUCGUAUAAACCUAGCAUCGUGCUUAGAUGCAUUCAGUCGAACAGAGAUCAUAGAACAAUUCUACAGUACUGCCCUGAAUGAAAAAACAACUGCUUUGAAAACUACAAGACUGGCAAGCUUUCCGGACUACAUCUUAAUUCAUUUGAAAAAGUUCACCAUAAGGGAAGAUUGGCAGCCGAUGAAGUUGGAUGUGUCUGUAGAUAUGCCAGACUUGCUAGACUUAAGUGCACUGCGUGGUACCGGACUAAAACCAGAAGAGGAAUUAUUACCAGAAGCAAAUGACUCGGAAGUACCAGCGCCUAUAUACAACAAAGCUCUUCUUGCGUUUUUAAUGGAUAUGGGCUUUCCUCUGGAGUCUUGCAAAAGAGCUCUGUACUUCACUGCAAAUCGAGGCCUAGAGCCUGCGACUACUUGGCUAAUGGAUCAUAUUACGGAUUCAGAUUUUGCUGAACGUUUUGUACCGCCUGGCAUUUGUAGCAAUACAGAUAGUAGUGCAUUUGUGCCAAACCCGGAUGCUGUGAAUAUGGUGAUGGCCAUGGGUUUUACAAAAGAACAAGCUACUAAGGCUCUCAAAGAAACGGAUAACAACUUGGAGCGUGCUGCAGACUGGAUAUUCAGUCAUCAAUCGGAGCUCAAUGCCAUGGACACCGAAGAAGAACACGUCGAACCACCAUUUAGAGAUGGAAGCGGCAAAUACAAAUUGGCUGGAUUUAUCUCACACAUGGGCACGUCUACUAUGGUAGGACAUUACGUGUGUCAUCUAUUGAAAGAAAACCACUGGGUUAUUUACAACGAUGAAAAGGUAGCGUUAUCUGAACAUCCACCUAAGGAAUUGGGAUACAUCUACCUAUACCAGCGUGUCGAGUAACCAUUUUCUCUGGCUGUUUUAUAUGGAAUUAUGCAGUGUAUUAACACGAUACCUUGAGAAAAACAAUGACUAUCAUUUAUACCUUCCCACUGUAGAUAUAAUUAAACUAUACACUAUUUUUAUCGCCAAGCUAUUUUUGUUCUUUAAGCUGGCUUCUAAUCUCAGUUUACAAAUUAUUACAUUUUUUACAUCUCGAAAAGGUCAUCUUGCAUGGGUUAAU